AUGCGACAACCUCCGAGCUUCACCGAUCCAACUCAACUAAACGCGGUGUGCAAACUACAAAAAUCUCUCUACGGCCUAAAGCAAGCACCGCGACAAUGGUUUCAAAAGCUAACGAGUUUCCUACAACAACUCGGAUUCGGGUUCAGUCGUUCCGAUCCCUCACUCUUGAUCUUUAAUCAAAACGGUAUUUGCAUAUACUUGCUAAUUUAUGUAGAUGAUUUUCUGGUUACAGGUAAUGACGCUGCAGCCAUUCGCCGACUUCUCUCCAAACUCAAGCAGCAAUUCGCACUCAAACAGUUAGGGGACAUCUCACUCUUCCUUGGAAUCCAGGUGACCCGUACUAAACAUGGUUUCUUUCUUUCUCAAGAACACUACGCUUCCAAAAUUCUUAAUGAUGCAGGGUAUAAGGAAUGCAAAUCAGCACCAACACCGAUUACUCCCGUCAAUCACCAGAAGAAACCAAACUUACAGCCGCAUCCCGAUCCGUCCCUAUACCGCCGCCUCGCUGGCUCACUCCAAUACCUCUCGAUCACCAGACCCGACAUAGCGUAUGCCACAAACCGUGUCUGCCAGCAUAUGCAAACUCCCACUGAACAGGACUUCCAUGAACUCAAACGGCUACUACGAUACGUCAAAGGAACUCUCUCCUACGGCUUGCCAAUCACACACGGCUCUCUGAAUCUUCGAACCUACUCCGACGUAGACUGGGCAUCAGAUGCAACCGACCGUAAGUCGGUAUCCAGCUUCUGCACUUUCCUCGGCCCCAACCUCAUCUCCUGGACAGUGGAAAAGCAACCUACAGUUGCCAAAUCCUCCACUGAAGCUGAGUACCGGUCUCUAUCUGCUGCCGCGUCAGAUGUCAUCUGGCUCCGAAGACUUGCCGCCGAACUUCAGCUCCCACAGCCAUCUCCGACAACAAUCCACUGUGAUAAUACCUCGGCCAUGGCCAUAGCCAAAAAUCCAAUUUUUCACGCCCGAACGAAGCAUAUCGAGAUCGACUAUCACUUCAUUCGUCAGCAACUCAACUCCGGCAAUAUCAAACUAGAGCACAUCUCAUCUGCCGAUCAAAUUGCCGACAUUCUCACCAAACCGUUCUCGAUAUCUCGGUUCUUGGAAUUACGUACCAAAUUAACCACUCGGUCACCGAGCGCCUAA